GCGUACUCGGGCCCAACCCGGACCCUCAUUUUAGUUGGCGCUUGACCACGACAUGGAUACUUUCCCUUGCGAAAUUUGGAUACACAUAUUCGAGUUCACCUGUACAGAUGGGGGGCAAACGGGUCGUUCAAUUUCACUUGUCAGCAAGUUGGCGCGCGACCUUGUCCAGCCCCUCCAGUUGAACUCACUUUGUGUAACAAGCGCCAGGCAGAUUAUUGGGCUCAGAGAACAUUUGGAAACUCUGUCGGUGGAUGAAAGAACAGUGUAUCACCUUCUUAUCGCGUCCACAUAUCCUGAUCCAGACACCAGGAUCUACCCAACCCAAAUAUACGACUCUCUGACGAGAAUUCUGCGGCUCGUUGCACGGACACUGGUCACGCUAACAACUCACCUCUUAUUCCUCAGUAAUCCUAUACUUCCACAAGGUCUUCCCUUCCCGCAUCUCGAAGAAUUAACCCUGUACGGUCACUUCAACACCUUCACGGAUCGAGAAGCGAUCCCUUCCCUCCGGCGAUUACACAUAUCUACACUUUCGGGUGGGGAAAUGCUUGUCAGAAGCAUUGCUCGAGGAUGUCCAUUUCUCACACAUUUAUAUGUCCUUGAGCGUGGACUAUCUCUCAGGGUGAUCGAGAAAUCUCUCGGUGUUUUCCGGGACUCGACACCGACCGCGCCCAGCACAUUCCAGCUACCGCACACAAUAAAGAAGAUCCUGGUAGAGACAGACCUUAUGUACUUGAGGCAGGGUCAUACACACACUCCCUCAAAUGGCGUUAGCAGCCACAGGAUGCUAAAUGACAAGAUUGCUCAAGCAGAGACCAGUUUCUACCUUAACAGGCGUUGAGGUCCGAUUGGUGGCGAGAGGGGAAGGGAAAGUGGGGGAGUAUUGCGUCAGCCUUACAAGACCGUAGGAGAAAGGUUCGAGUUUGGUAUGGAGGGGCGAUGGGAUGCCAUUUUAGAGAUGUGAUGCUGCAGAGAUCUUCCUUGAACUAUCUCAAUCUCCUGCUAUUCCCAGGACCUCGGGAGGCUUGAGAACGCCCGGACCCGUGGCGACGGCGCCGCAAUCAUUCUUCAUUGACAUCUCUUGGCGUAACAUCGCGGAAAGUUGCUAGGUAGUCUUAUUGGAUUAGUAGCAACUCAGAUCGGGAGACAUGUACCAUGGUGUUUCCAAGUGUCACUUUUGUUCUAACACCUAAAAAUGAUCAGAUCUCAGCAACUAGCUCGAAGGAUGAUGCACAUGCUCCCAUGAGUAG